AUGGCCGCCGGCUUCCUCCAACGCACGCUGCCGGCCCUAUGGACGCCUAAGCGACAGCGAACAGAGCGCCCUCGUCCUUCGCCUCCGCCGCCUUCUUCUCUCCUCGACGAAGACGAGCAGGACUGCCUCCUCGGGCUCCUCUUGCUAUCGCGCGCCUUAGAUAGCGGCAGAGCGUUCUCCUCGUACAGAGCACUCGGAGGCCACAAUUCCAGCCGCCGGAAGCGCCCAGCGGUGAUAUCCGGAGCAGUGGCGAAGAAGAAGCAGCACGAGUGUUCGGUGUGCCGCGUGUCAUUCCCGACAGGGCAAGCGCUAGGCGGGCACAUGAGGUCCCACUUCAAUGGCGGCCGCCGACAAGCCAGGUCGAGGAAAUCAUUGGCCAUUUCAUAG